AUGCCCAACUUCGAGACCAACAGACAGGAUUCCGUAAGGAUCGAUCGUGUACAGAUCAAAUCGCAACACUACGGAUCAUUGUGGAACAAUCGAUUGGAUGGAAUUCAUCACUCUACAUCAACUUCAUUGACUACGAGGAAGCAUUUGAUAGCGUGGACAGGACAACACUACGGCGUACCUGAGAAGAUAGUCAAUAUCAUACGGAAUUCCUAUGAUGGAUUAAACUGCAAAACUGUGCAUGGAAGACAGUUGACAAACUCUUUCGAAGUAAAGACCGGUGUCAGGCAAGGUUGCUUACUCUCACCCUUUCUCUUUCUCCUGGUGAUCGACUGGAUCAUGAAAACGUCAACUUCUGAAGGGAAGCACGGGAUACAAUGGGCAUCUAGGAUGCAGUCGGACGAUCUAGACUUCGCAGAUUAUCUGGCUCUUCUAUCGCAAAGGCAACAACAAAUGAAAGAAAAUACGACCAGUGUAGCGUCAGACUCAGCAACAGGUCUCAAUAUACACAAAGGGAAGAGCAAAAUUCUCCGAUACAACACGGCAUGCACCAAUCCAAUUACAAUUGACGGAGAAGAUUUGGAAGAUGUAAAAACCUUGACAUAUUCGGGCAGCAUCAUUAA